AAACGUACAAUUCGUAUUACCGCUAAAAAGCAUCUUAUAUAAGCAUGUGUUUAUGUACUCGUUGAAGGUUCUAGCUGCUCUACGGUUUUAUGUCACUGGAUGCUAUCAACGCCCAGUGGGAGAACAGUGGGGCAUAUCCAUGAGCCAAACAUCGAUAAGCCGUUGCAUACACCGUGUGACUGACGCAAUCAACAAUUCAAUGUUUACUACCAAAGUGAAGUUCCCUAUGACGCAACUGGAGUGCCAAGCGGCAAACGAAAUUUUUGCGUCUGCAUCUUCACCAUUUGUAGCAGGAACUAUCGGUGCAAUCGACUGCACUCAUGUUUCAAUUUUGGCUCCCAAAAAUAAUGAAUCCAAUUAUGUCGAUCACCAUGGGUACCAUUCAAUGAACGUGCAAAUGAUAUGUGAUCCAAAUCUUAAAAUUUUAAACGUGAAUGCAAAAUUUCCGGGAGCGCGUCGGGUCAUGCCGCGAUCAUUUGAAACUGGAAAUCACAACACGUUUUUGAUUGGCGAUUCUGGAUACCCACUGGAGCCAUGGCUGAUGACUCCUUUACCAAACGAGCCAGAAGGAACACCAAAGUUUCGCUACAACGAGGCGCUAUGUAAAGCACGUAACCCGAUCGAGAGACUCUUGGGCGUCCCUAAAGGCACAUGGCGGUGCUUAUCACGGCAAAGAGUACUUUUGUAUGACCCCGGUUUUGCUGACCGAGUAGUUAACGCGUGCGCAACAUUGAUAACGUUCGCUUGGGCGAUCAAGCAACCGAUUUUGACGAUCGGGUUGUUUAUGAUCCCGAAAUAUUAAGCACUAAUGACAAUUCCGCAGCACCUUCUUCAGUAGCGAAACGUGUUCAGCAACGAAUUAUAGCUAAUAUUCGCAUAACUUAAUAUAUGCCGUCAACGGUCGUCUCGAUGAUAGGGCAGCCAUCCACCGAGGGACGGAUAGCAAUUGUUGCCCGCUGUUUCCAAGCAUCAAUACAGCCUAUACUGCUGAAAAUGUUCCUAUAUCGUUUACAUAACCAACCCAACAGCGCCCUUACACUGUAUGGACGUUUCGCUACAAACCAAUAAAAAACAAUUGAAUUUGUCAGUGUCGGCUGAUCACUGGGCUAAGGUGAAAUGCAGAGACAAAUGUCUCGUUAUUUCAGCGAAAAACUACCUGGUUCUGUGGCAUCGAGCGGGAGUGAUGAUCUGAAUCGUGUGUUGAUACUAACGCUGGCAUUUUCUAUGCAGAUGACUAGACUUGUCAUCCUUUGGAGAAAAAGCAUUUGCUUAAAACAUCAGUCGAAGAAGAAUACCGUAACUGGACAUCGAUGUCAAAUGGCUACGACAAUGAAUCAUAUUAUGUGGCCUAGAGCAAGAUCACUUUUCCUUUGUUUACUUUUCAAUAUGAUUUGGGAAACGGAGACCGUCAAUACAGUGGCAUAUAUAAUCUUGGAGGACUUUAGCGCACGCGCCUUUUCAGCACCGACUGUUUCUUCAAUGAAUUCCCCAAUGCACCUGCAACUUAGUUUGCCAAUCGCGCCCUCAAUUGUAGCAGGUAAUGUGGUGGGUGCUGUUGUGAAGGGUUAUUCAUUGACACCACAAAAAGAGAUACAAAACUACAUCAAUGCUGUUGGCAUAAUACUCGCUGCUCUGCCUAAGAAAUAUUGGAAUGCAAAUGAACACCAUGGUGAGCCGCUGAUAUGUGUCUUCAGUUGGUGCUGCCUUCAGUAAAAAUUGUGAAGACUCGCUGGUCGCACUAAAAUCGCUGCAAGAAAUUAUGUAUGACAAUGCAGACAAAUUGGCGUCACUUACUAACGAGGGAACAGCGGAAACAAAGAUGAGGAGUUUGCAGGAUUGCAUAAAAUAUUUGGCUAAAUAUCACCAUUGAAAGCACAAAGAUUACAACGAAAAACAACCACGCCAAAGAGGAGUUUUAUGUGCCUAGUCAAGCAUUUUUAACAUCGCUAAUACAAAUUUUCCCAGCCAUUUUCUAGCACAUACAAAAAAGGUGAUGUAAGCCAUAAAAUAUAAGUGAAUUCAAUUUCUAAAUAAAAUUAUUGCAGAUUUAUUUAAUCUGACUUUGAAAA